AUGCCUUGCAACAUCCCUCAACCAGGAGAGACAAUAUUAUUGAUGGAUCACUUGGAAGAAACCCCAGUAACUGGUGCUGAAAUAGAGGACUGGACCAAACGUGAUCCAGUGUUGUCGCAAGCAGUGCGGCGUACAUUAGAACGCUGGCCAAUGUCAGACAACGUGUAAGACACUUAAAGACAGAGCCGUUGAAACUCUAUGCGAGACGGAAGUUGGAACUCGGUGUCGAGGAUGGGUGCCUCCUUUGGGGGAGAAUAGUGGUAAUUUCGCCACCAGGGAGAUCAAAAAUAUUAGCAGCACUCCACGAAGCUCAUCCGGGUGUAUCACGUAUGAAAGCUUUAACGGCAAGAAGUUAUGUUUGGUGGCUUGGCUUGGAUGCUGAAUUUGAGAAGGAAGUGAAAGGUCGCAACAAAUGUCAACUACACCAGGCAGCCUUUGUCUCAGCACCCCUCCAUCCAAGGGAAUGGCCUGGUCAACGUCGACUGCACAUUGAUUAUGCUGGUUCUUUCCACGGUGAAAUGGUUAUAGUCGUUUUAGAUGCUCAUUCUAAAUACCUCGAAGUCCAUUUAAUGAAAUCAACAACAUUUGGGCUACCGUCGAGAAACUGA